GUUCUCACCUUGAAUAUUUUAUGCAUCUCUGGUUCAGCCGUCGAGUAAUCCCGGCGGAAAUUGACCACGUGUUGCCAGUCUGGUUACAGCCGGCCGGUGGCGCUACUAACCACCCUAUUGUGACUAUUCUAGCAAAAUCGAACUGCUCCCAAGUCCCAACUACCUGCGCCCUGCACAGAACACAGGGACCUCUAAGAUUCCAUGGCUUCCACUGCAGCAACCUUAUCAUUCUUCACUUCAAUCCCCGUUCCAUCUCGCAAACCCCAGCCUACCCUUCCCAAUUCUCCCGUUCCUCGUAAACUGGUCUGUCUUCCAACUCCACCCAUCGCGGCCGCAAAAAACCCUGUGAAUUAUGGCGUCGCCAGUCUCGUUGGGGCCGGACUGGUUCUGACCGUCAUCGAACCCGCCUUCGCAGUGAACCUACCUCUGGUGGGUGAGCUCAGCGAGCCCGCUAACGCGCUCUCUUUGCCCACCUGGGCUGUCCACGUGUCGAGCGUUGUGGAGUGGGUUACAGCAAUGGCAUUGGUGUGGCAGUACGGGGAGAAAUCUGGGUUUGAAACCUGGAAGGGGCUCUCUUGGGGUAUGGUACCUUUGCUUGGUGGAGCUCUUUGUGCAUGCACAUGGCAUUUCUUCUACAAUGCAGAGUCUCUAGAGGUACUGGUGGCUCUUCAAGCUGCUUUGACUGUCAUUGGUAAUGCCACAAUGGCCAUUGCCGCAUUUCGAAUUUUCAGAGAAUCGGAGGAACGUGCUAAGGAUUUUUGAACACACAAGGUUCCAGAUUAUGCAGUCUUUUGUGUGCAACAGCAGGAUUCAAACUGCUUCCUCCAACUUGAAGGUGGUAUUGCCUAGUUUGGUGCUGAUCUGCUGAAGUAAAAUGUUUCUUUAUGUACUCCAUAUGAACAAUGUUUAGUUAUCACUUUCUGUUUUGUUCAGGACUAGUGAUUGAUUUGGUGAGCUGUGAAGUGGAUGGAAGGGGGAAUGCUUUUGUUGGUGAAUAGAGUGUUGACUUAUUCAUUGUUGUAGUAAAAUGGUUGGAUGCAGAUUGAUCAUCAUAGCUGGUGAGUUUGUCAAUCACAGGCGCUGAGGCUUUGUAAAAUAUUAAACUACUCGAAUUUUCAUUUUGAUUUUGUCCUCGUUAUUUUUGUAAAUAUCUUUGAUUAAUAAAUGAGGAAGCAAUUGCAGCCAUGGCUGACAUUCCGUGGUUACCUUCACAACUUCAUUUUAACAUUUGAGCUGUUUAGACAGCUGUUUGUUUCAACAUGCAAUCAACGAACCAUUUGACAUUUCAGAAAUGUGGAAGUAGUAGUUUGACUAUUACCUCCAGGGUUAGUUAUCCAUCUCCCGGCUAGAUAAUGUCAAGUUAACUCUCCUGACAGCCAUUUUAAUAAGCCUUUGCAUGCUGA